AUGCGGCUGAGCCAGUUCGACAUCCAGUUCAAGCCCCGACCCGCCAUCAAGGGGCAGGCGCUGGCUGACUUUAUAGUCGAGUGCACUGCCCGGGAGGCAACGGAGCGGGUCAGGGACGAAGACGAGGAGUGGUGGACCCUCUCAACGGACGGGUCCUCCAGCACCAAAAGCUGCGGGGGUGGAGUCGUCCUCAUAACACCGGAGGGGUUUCGGGCCUACUACGCCCUCCGCUUCGCGUUCAAAUUAUCCAACAACGAGGCCGAGUAUGAAGCACUCCUGGGAGGGCUCCGCCUCGCACUAAAUAUGAGGGUGGAGAAGCUCAAAAUCCGAUGUGACUCUAGACUCGUGGUGGGACAGGUCACAGGUGAAUUUGAAGCAAGUGAUGAAAGAAUGAGGAGGUACCGGGACGUGGUGCUCCAGCUACUGGGGCAGCUGAUCAAUUAUGAGGUCCUACAGGUACCCCGAGACCAGAACACAGAUGCUGACAUGUUAUCCAAGCUCGCCCAAGAGGCCCCGGAACAUAUCUCAAAAAUAGCCCGAAUUGAAGAUUUCAAGAGGUCGAGCCUGGACGCCUACCCGGUCCUACCCGUGCAAAUCCGACCUCCCUGCUGGUUGGACCACCUCAAGGAGUACAAGAAGACAGGCACGCUACCUCCCGACGAGGUUGACGCCAGGCUGGUGAAACGGCGAGCCCCCACGUACGUGGUCAUGGGGGACACACUCUACAAGAGGUCCUAUAACGGCGCCUUGCUGCGCUGCUUAUACCCAGACGAAGCCAGGUCAGUCAUGGAAGAAAUCCACGAAUGGACCUGUUCAGCCCACCAGGGGUACUUUUGGCCCAAAAAUGGCCAAGGAGUGGGGAGUGGACCUAGUGGAAGCUCUGCCCAUGGGGUCGGGAAAAAGGAAGUACCUCAUAGUAGCAGUGGACUACUUCACCAAGUGGGUAGAGGCGGAACCGCUGGCAACCAUAACAAGUGCCCGUUGCAAGCACUUUGUGUACGAAAAUAUUUUGUGCCGUUUUGGGGUCUCGAUGCAACUCAUCACCGACAACGGACGCCAAUUCAAGGGCAAGAGUUCGAGGGGUUCUGUGCAGAAUGGCACAUUACUCACAGCCGGGUAGCAGUGUGCUACCCUCAAGCAAAUGGCCAGGUGGAAAAUGCCAACCGCACCAUUGUGGGCGGCCUGAAAAAGAAACUGGAAUCCGCGGGGGGAGCGUGGGUGGAGGAGCUCGACGCCAUUCUUUGGGCCUACCGCACCACCCCCCGGAGGGCUACUGGGGAGACACCUUUUUCCUUAGCCUACGGUUUCGAAGCCCGAGCUCCAGCGGAGGUAGUCAUACCUUCCCGGUGGGAGGAGGACUACGACCCUGACACGAACGAGGAGCACCAUAGAAUUGACCUCCACAUGAUUGAUGACAGGCGCGAAGCAGCCGCAAUUCGAGCUGAAAACUACCAGAGGCAGACCAAGGCAUACCACGAUAAGCGGGUCCGACCCCGCUAUUUCCAAGUAGGUGACUACGUGCUCAGGAGAAGGGAGGCGAGCCAGCCCCAAGCCGGAGGGAAGUUUGCCCCUAAUUGGGAGGGCCCGUACAUUAUAGCAGCCGUGGUUCGCCCGGGCAGCUACAAGCUCAAAACUCCCAAAGGAAAGAUGAUAGCCAGGGUCUGGAACUCAGAGCACCUGCUGAAAUUUUACCAGUAG